GCGCUACGAGUGCAGCAUUAUAUUAUUGCCUGCUAGCUUGUAGGAAGUGAUAUCGAGCGCGCUUCUCAUUCCCCUCGACUCCUUGUAGUUUUAUCAAAUAUUGACGAGAUCUGUUGUGUUUUGUGGGUAAAGUGUGAAGUUAACCAAAAUUUUACCAAAAUUCAAUGUUCAUAAAAGUGACAAAAUUCGAUGAAAACAGUGAUUAUUAGUGAAAAGUGAAACGAAAUAGCUAGAUUUUUUUCUAAUAGAUUGUACUGUGAAAAAUAAUAAAUUGUACUGUGGGCUUCAGAGAGGAUUAUAGAGUGAGCGUAUUGCGUCAGUGUUAGGAAGCGCGCCGGUAGAGCAGUGUAAUCGGAUCAGUGCAACCCUGCACCUGGAGGCCCGCCGCGGCCCCGCGCUGCUCUCCGCUGCUCUCCGCUGCGCCGCAGACUAGUUUUGUUUUCCACCCGCACUAUCCGAACCAGUACCAGUAAUCACUACCACCGCUCGCAGUCUGUAGUCUGUUCAUUAAAUGUUUGCGACAGGAAAAUCGUUGCGACGAAUGUUUAAAGAGUGUCUUGAACAGUUGGGUGGGAUAUGUAUAGGUACGCCCCUAACCGGAAAAGUUACAAGUAGGCGGGCGCAGUGUUUUUACUGAUACUUUAUUGUUAUAUCUAAUCACGUGAGGUUCUCUAUUCGUGCUAACAUUCGUGCUAUGUUUAAACAGAUUAACAUGAAGUAGGUACAUUCUACGAGGGCAAUUUUAUUAACGAAUAAGUUAUGGAUUAUGAUAUUAAGUUGGGGUUGUAGAACUUUUCCCGGGGUGAUGGUAGUAGGUACCUAGAUUGCGAGCGGAGCGCGUCGCCUGGUUAGUGCGUGUGUCCCGGCCGCGGUAUCGUUGCUAGUCGCGGUCGGCAGUCGGGUGUGACAUCGUCGCGCGGAGUGGUCGCAUGUGUCGCGCGUCACGCGGCCGCGGCAUGGCGCGCGAGUACGCGCGAGUGCAUGAGUUCUACCUGCCGCUGCAUGAGCUGCAGCCGCCCGCGCAGCACUAUCAUCCGUAUGACCUGCAUCCGGCCGGCGCGAGCGCGGCGCCGGCGUAUGAGCUGACGGCGGGCGCGGGCGGCGGCGCGGGCGCCUGCGCGGAGUCCACCGGCACGCUCGCGCACGCCCCGCACCAGCCUGCCAUGCAGCAGUCGUCGCAUCAACACCACCAUGACCCCCGCAAACGAAAGACGUCACAUUACAAUUCGGACAGCUACGAGAUGUCUGGCUGCGAGGCGGGGCUGGCGGCGCCGUCCGUGCCCCUGCACGCGCCAGCCAGCGCCACGCGGAAGAGGAAACCGUCUUCCUUCGGUACGGGCAGCGCGUAUGACGAUGACGGCGGUGACGAUGCGCGAUCCAGUCGCACGCUGCCUGACAAGAAACAAAACCACAGCGAGAUCGAAAAGCGGCGGCGCGACAAGAUGAACACGUACAUAUCGGAGCUGAGCGCCAUGAUCCCGAUGUGCGGCGCUAUGGCGCGCAAGUUGGACAAGCUGACGGUGCUGCGCAUGGCGGUGCAGCACCUGCGCUCGGUGCGCGGCGCGCUGUCCGCCUGCCCACUGACGGCGCGGCCGCGGCCCGCCUUCCUAUCCGAGCGUGAACUCAACCAGCUGAUCCUCCACGCGGCCCAUGACUCCUUCCUACUAGUGGUGGGCUGCGACCGCGGCCGCCUGCUCUACGUCUCCGCGUCCGUCAAGCAGAUGCUGCACUACGACCAGACAGAGCUGCUUGGCCAGAGCCUGUUCGACAUCCUGCACCCCAAGGACGUGGCCAAGGUGAAGGAGCAACUGUCCUCCUCCGACCUCAGCCCCCGGGAGCGACUCAUCGAUGCUAAGACCAUGCUGCCGGUGAAGGCGGACGUGCAGGCGGGCGCGUCGCGGCUGUGCCCGGGCGCGCGCCGCUCCUUCUUCUGCCGCAUCAAGUGCAAGGCGUCGGCCGAGGCGCCGCCGCCCGAGUCCGUGCCCAUCAAGGAGGAGGCCGAGCCCACCGCCAAGCUGCGCAAGAAGUCCAAUGAGAAGAAGUACUGCGUUGUCCAGUGCACCGGCUACCUGAAGUCGUGGGCCCCGGCGGAGAUGUCUGAGGGUGGUGGCGGUGGCGGGGGCGGCGGGGGUGGCGCCAGCUCGGCCGAGGUGUCGGACGACGGCGAGCAGUGCAACAUGUCGUGCCUGGUGGCGGUGGGGCGCGCGCUGCCCGACCUGGCGCCCGCCGCCACCGCCUUCGUCUGUCCACCGCCGCCCACGCGCCAGCUGCAGUACGUCUCGCGGCACGCACCCGAUGGCAAAUUCCUCUUCGUCGACCAGAGGGUGACGCUGGCACUGGGGUUCCUGCCGCAGGAACUGCUGGGCACGAGUCUGUACGAGUACGUGAGCGGGCCGGAGCUGAGCGCGGUGGCGCGCACGCACAAGACGUCACUGCUGCGCCGCGACCCGCUGCAGACGCCGCCCUAUUCCUUCCGCAAGAAGGACGGCACCUUCGCGCGCCUGCAGACACACUUCAAACCCUUCAAGAACCCCUGGACCAAGGACGUGGAGUGUCUGGUGGCCAACAACACGAUCGUGUCGGAGGCGCACGGCGGCGCGCACGCGGACGCCGCGCACUCCUCCUACGACAUCUACAAACAGAGGGAGGUGGCGCAGUCGGCCGGGGCGCCACUUGUAGCUAGUGCGGUUUCAGAAGCCGACGUGGAGAUGCAGCGGCUCAUCGAGUCUCAGGUCGAGAGCCAUAAGAUCGGCAGCGCCAUCGCCGAGGAGGCACUGCGCCGCUCCUCCUCCGAGUUCUCGCCGGACCUGCCGGCCGACCUGCUGCAGGACGCCGUAUUCAACCAGAACUGGCCACUAAAAGCCAACGUCCUGUACGAGCAGGCGUCGCUAGUGGACAACAUCCUGGGCGUGGACAUCUCGGGCUACAGCCAGGUGCGCAACAACGUGCCGCUGAGCGCCGCGGCCGAGGGCUCGCCGCCGCCCGCCGGCGCCGCGCCGACCGCGUCCUCGCCCCCGCCCACCUCGCCACCGCUGCCCCCGCUCGGCCUCGACGGCAACGGGGAGGCGGCCAUGGCCGUCAUCAUGAGCCUGCUGGAGGCCGACGCUGGCCUCGGUGGGCCCGUCAACUUCUCCGGCCUACCGUGGCCCCUGCCCUAGAGCAGAGCUACAGAGCUCGGUGGCUCAUUGCUGUGAUGGUCAGUAUCUUAAUUUAUUGUUGCUCAUCCUCUUAAUAUUGGAAACUCGAAGCCAUCAAGAUUGAUAAAAUGAUGCGUUUCGUUAUAUUAUUGAAGUACAAGUAAGUGUAAUGGCACGUUGAAAAUAUUCUUAUUGUACCUAUGGAUGUAUUGUCUCAUUAUACACUGCGAAUUAAUGAAUUCAAUGCGAAUUCUUUGCAAUAUGGGUAGGAAACCUCCCAAGAUUUAUAUUACCCUUCUCUUAAUUGUAUAUUAUAUUUACUUAAUGCAAUAUACUGUUUAAAUUCAAAUAAUUGUGAAUACAUUUAACGACUUAGUAUGUACCUGGUGUACCUAUAUGUAUUGUAUGCAAUAUUGUUUUCUACCCAUUCAACAGAGUGCGACAACAAAAAUAACGUAACAGAAUUUCGUGGUCUUCAAUGAAAGAUCUUAGAAUGUUUUAAAUAAGGAUAGUGGCAACAGCAUCUGUUGCGUGCGAACACUUGUGGUGACAAUGACAGACAGUGAAUUAAUUAACUGGUUAGCGGUGCGGGCAAUGUACUGAGUGUACACUUCCUGCCUUUAUAAUAUACGCAUCUAAAGUUUUAUUGUUCGUAGAAUGUAUAACGAUACAUUACGAACGGUGGGACACCUCACACCGCGCACCGCGGUCAAACCAGACGACAUCUGCGAAAGCCAUACUUUCAGCAAGUGACCUUAUUGUACAAAUCGGUCGGCUCGGUUAACAUCGACAAAAUGUUUAAUAUUUAUUUACACAUGAAUUGAGGUAAAUAUUAUACAAGCCUUAUGAUAAGUUGUCGUUAGCCGAUGUGUUAGGGCUAGGUGCACUGUACAGUGUACUUCACCGAGACAGCGGGCAUCACGCUCGCCAAGCACGUUAAUGGUUAGUAACAAAAAGAAUUUACAUAAAAUUAUGAAUUAUUAUUACUAGUGGGUGUAUAUGAAUAGUAGUCCAGUAAGUUAUACUUAGCCACAUAAUACUAACACUUUUUUCUAUGAGUCAUUAUCUAGUUAUGCAUAUUGUAGGGAGUAGCGUGUAGAAGCGUCGCUGCGACGUUGAGUAGUACGUAAUCAUUAAAAAUUACGGGGAAAUAUUUAUUGAGAAAUAUUAUACCAAUAACGAGUAAUAAUAUUAUACUAUACAUCUAUACGAUGUAUGUAAUAUUUUUGAUUUACUUAUAGUAUAUUUCUGGGAAAAUGUAAAAAGGUUUAUAGUUAAGUUAGAUAAGUAGUUGUACCACGUUCCGGAGGUGACGUGUAGUGCUGUCCUCUACUGUGACCGUCACACGCCAGUGACGAGAUGUCGGGUGUCGGCAAUAUAACUUAAUACUUAUCUUGCAGUUAUCAUUCAGCUUUUUUAAAUAAAUAAUAGAAUUACAGCACUCGCUCCAGACUCUAGUGAAUCAACUACACCCUUAGUACGAGUUUACUUUACGUUGAAUUAAAACGAAACGAGAGCGCGUUCGGCGCUCUGAUUGGCCGGCGCGAAUGAAUCAACCAAUCAGAGUGCCGAACGCGCUCUCAUUUCGUAAACUCGUACUAAGUGUACUGACUAGUAAAUAAUUGGACUAAGUAGUUAUUGUAAUAAUAGCCACCGCCUUCACAUCGUACUCAAUGCUUGCUAUUAAAACAUCAACUUUAAUCGAUUUGCCUGAAUUUUUGUAAUUUCUAUCCAUGUAUUUUAAUAAUUAAUUAGCCCAUAUAAUGUACAUACAAUGUAUCUACAAUGGGAGCUGGUGUGCAAUAUAGGUAUUUCAUUUAAGUACAUAUUUUUAUAACCAAAUGUAAUAUGGUAGUUUCCUAUUAGUCCAAUUCAAUACUUUUUUGGAAACAUUAGAAACGAUCUUUUCUAUGAAAUAACAGUGAGUUUUGAAGUCAUCAGAUUUUUAAAUCAAUCACUUAUUUCUAUAAAGUUCGAAAAUUAAGUAGAUUAUCAAAUCUAUUAAUCAAAGUGUGAUUAUUUUUUAUAAUAUUUUAUUGUAUUGACAAGUCGAAAAUAAUUAAUUGUUGACUGAGGAAACCCAAUUUAAAAAUCAUAUUUCUAAAAUCUUUAGUGAAUUGAAUACUUGAAGUAUUGCGAGCAAAUUGAUUACAUAUUUGAUUAUUUCUGUGGUCAAAACGAGUAAAAUAAAAUACUGUCACUCCCCCUUGUGUCCAGAUAUAUCUAAUUAAGGCAAUGCACAAACGUGGACUAGUUUGAAUCUGGUGUCAGACACAAUAGAAUUAUAUUAAGCACACAGUACGUGUGCCCAGUUGCUUCCACUUAACACAUGCCCAAUAUAAGUGCUCAGUGUCGAUAACUGGAAACAAAGUGUCUACAUUUGGCUAGACUGGAACUAAAGUGGCUACAAUUAAAGCUAUACUUUGGAACGAGCCUUCACUGACAGACAGACUGACGGACAAUUUAAUUUGACGUUUAAAAAGUGCCUAUAUAAUUUACGAUUAAUUGAAGUUAAUGCUUUGGCUAAAUCCAUCUAUGAGCAUGUUUGUACUUAAAAACAAAAAAUGAAUCCGAACAAAAGUGGUCUAAAUCAAAUUAUGCAUUUAACUUUUGUAUAAAUGUUUAAAAGUAACAUAAAGCUAAUAUUAGAUCUUAAGACGGGGUAUUUACCAUGUUUAUUUAUGAUGAUGCAAGCGUCAAGAUCACGGAUGAACUGGAGUAAAUGCGGGAGGGUGUUCAAGAUCAGACAAAUCGGUCUACCGUCUUUCUAGUCUACUCUCUUUUACAUAAAUAAACAUGGUAAAUAUGUCGUCUUAAGUUCUAAUGUGUUAGUGACCAUAUCAGUUUAAAAACGUAUAUAGCAACAUAACAUACAUUCAUAAGUACAUAGUGACUUCGUUUGAUAACAGAAAAUGUUUAUUUUGUAUCAUAGACCAGUUUAGUUCCAGGUAAGCCAUUCGUGCAGCGUCUUACGAUUCCAAAUUUAAAUGCACAGUUUUUUUUAAUGUGUAAUUCAGAAACAAGUAUUUUUGUUUCGGCCAUACUUUAAGUUACCCUAUACAAAAUUAUGACUGCAUCCGAUAUUGCCGUAGAUUUUGAGUGAUGCGUAUACAAAUAUGUACAGAAAACUUUUAUAUUGAAUGUUGUGUUUGCUUCUAUUUCUUUUUGUUAUAAUAUAUUAUUAUUUAACUGUGUUAAAAUCAAAAUAUAUUAUGUUGGAAUUUGAUACUAGGCUUUUUAAAAGUAUUUUUUAUUUAGGGGCCUUUAACUCAGCUGUGACCGUUCCAUACCCCUGUAGACACUAGAUGUAAUGAAUUCGUUGGAAGUACAACACGUCUUACUCGACAUUUGUUUACGGCUCAACAUAAAUGCAAUUACGAGUUUUAUUAUGUAUCUGUUAGUUGCAAUAUCGAGUUUAUUGUUAUUAAGUUAAUUUUAUUAUAAAGUAUUUGGAUAUAUUGUUUCAUUCAUA